UGGCUGAGCCGAAGAGGCUACUUUGUUAACAGCGAAGCCACCGGAGAGAAAACGGCUCAGUGGUUUCUCUCGGAAAAGUGUGAACAGUUUGGGGGAAACGGGGAACCCGAAGGCCUGUCGGUGGGAUUUGACGGUGGCACCUACUCUGUUUUGUGUUAUUAACUUUGUUUUUUCGCCGACAACUCAAAGUUGAGCCGUAGCGGAGUUCUGUCGUUCAGGAUGUCGGACUGAGACAAAGGGGUCUGGGGGGCAUUCCCGACGGAGCGCAGGUAAAACUAGGAAAGAUGGAGAGGGAGCUGGAAUGGUGGAAGGAUCAGUUAGCUGCAGAUAUCCAUCAGUCCCUCCGCAUUAAGGAGCUGAAGUUGCCGGCCUACCGGGCCCAUUCUCCCCAGAUUGGCAUGCGACGGUACUUUGCAGACUUGUUGGCCAUCCUGAGUAAUCGCUACCAGCUAUGUCCUACAGCACGUCACUUGGCAGUCUACCUGCUGGACUUGUUCAUGGACCACUAUGACGUGGCUGUCAGGCAGCUCUACGUCAUUGCUCUGUCCUGUCUGCUGCUAGCUAGCAAAUUUGAGGAGAAGGAGGACCGGGUCCCCAAACUGGAGCAGCUGAACUCUCUGGGGUUCAUGUGCAGCCUAAACAUAGUUCUCAACAAGAAGGAUCUGAUCAAAAUGGAGCUCCUGCUGCUCGAGACCUUUGGGUGGAAUCUGUGUAUGCCCACACCCGCCCACUUUAUUGACUACUACCUCCAUGCCUCAGUGCAGGAGGGCGACCUCUACAAUGGCUGGCCACUGUCCUCCCUCUCCAAGACCAAGGCUUUCAUGGAGAAAUACACACACUACUUCCUGGAGGUUUCAUUGCAGGACCAUGCCUUUCUGAGUUUCAGGCCAUCCCAGGUUGCUGCUGCGUGUGUGGCAGCAUCUCGUAUUUGCCUUCAGAUUUCUCCAAGUUGGACAACUGCUUUGCAUUUACUAACAGGGUACACAUGGGACCACCUCACCCAGUGCAUUGAGCUGAUGUUGCUUGCUCAUGACAACGAUGUGAAGGAGGCCAAUAAAGCCAAAUCCACACCUCCUCACCGGCCCUCCUCUCUGCAGUCCCAGCCGCAGACCUCUCACCUCUCUCCAGUGUCAGCCAUCCAGAGACCAGCCUCCUCCACCUCCUCCACACCACAGCUGCUCUUUCAGCCAGAUAGCUUUCCACACAUUUCUCAGCAUUCCCCAUCCCUGUCCCAGCUGCAGGCACUAGCUGAGUCCCAGGCUUUGGGGUCUGUGGUAAACAUGUCUCAGGACUUUCUUCAGAGUCACAGGAUGGGUCUUCUAGCUGGGGCUGCCUCCAUCACUCCUGCGGGGGUGUUCCCCUCCUACCCAAGCCUAACCUCAGGUCUCCAACCGGGGACUCGUGGGCUGCCGCUCCAGGGCCCCAUUUCUGUGCAGAUGGCCCUUGCUGGAGAGCCGCGACAUUGUCUGAGCAUGGCUUACAGUGGGAGCUACCUAGGGGCUCAUCACACGUUCACAGCCGGCUGCUUUGACAGGUGACGCCAGGAGACGGAGAGGGAACGCAAACCCCCAUGGGAGUCCGCUGAUAGAGACCUCCAAAUCCCCAAACACACACUUACAGACCUCCUCUCUCUCUCCGUCGCCACCACAACAGCUUCAGCUUGCCCAGCUCCCUCGUCCCUCUCACAGAGACGCCUCAGACGCAAACAGAGGUCCAAAAGCAAGAAAGAUCCAGUGGAAGUCAUCACACUGACAUGACAAAUGCUCCUCUGCCUCAUGAAAUACUGAGGCGCUGUGAAAUUCUUAUCCCUAUAUUCCGAGCUGACUUUAUAAAUCUGUGUUAUUUUGAGACUGUCAUCACUGUGAAUGAGAUGAAAGCAGCCGUGUGAUCCAACACCCACCUCAUUCAGUGCCUGUUCUCAGUUGUGAUAGCUGAGCCAAUUUUAGAAGUGCACAGAAGACAAAGUAUGUGAUAAGCAUAUCUUGCUGCUUGACGUUUUAUUUUUUGUUUUUUUAAUUACUAAUUCCAAAAAUUGAACAUGUUAUAGAGAAAAUUUGGCUGAUAUUGUUUUUUGUUUUUUAAGCCACCAUUUCAGAGAGAUGAAAGAAAUGGAGGCUUGUUGCUGACGUGGCAGAGCACAAAGAGACUGUAUGUCAGUGGAAGUUUUACUUGUGUCUCCUGCACGUCAUUGAACAUUGAUCUAAUGAGCUGAAGGGCUUCUCUGAGAAUUCCUCACAACAUAAGACCUCAGAGGGGACGAAGAAGUCAUUGUUCUGUGCGCAGCAGGUGAAGUCCGCAGCUCGAUCAGGCGUGCGCUAUUUUUAUCCCCGCCUCCCUCGUCAUCUUUUUUCUCUCUCACCUCCAAAGUCGAGCCUUGUGGCUGAGCCCUCACGCAUGCAGGUGAACAUGUGGCUCUGUUAAAGCUGCAGGCUUUGUCAUGCUAAAGUUUUAAUUUCUCCAGCACCACUCAAAGAAUUAAAAGACAAACUGAUGUGACUGGACCAGCAUGGUGAAGGAGACACAACGCUGGUGUGUGUUGUACAUAUGAAUUGCUGCUGCCUUCUGAACUGUUGGUUCUGUGUCUGUGUUAAUGACUCAAAUGUUUACAUGAACCACUAAGUAUCAGGGACUUUAACAAGAUUAUACUUGAAUAUGAUGCCAUUGAAACAUGUCAUAGCUUUUAUUUAUGACUUUUUUUUUAAUAUUCAUUUUUGAUAUUAUGUAGUUUUUUGCCAGCUUAGAAAUCCACCGUUGGUCAGUUAGUUUUUUUUUUUUUUGUAACUGUUCAUAGAAACAGGCUCAGGUUUUAAGGCUGAAGCUAGCAGCCUUUCCUUCAUUAUUCUGUGCUUAUGCUUUAAAGUGGAUGCUAAUUCAGCAUCUGCGGGGGCUGUAAUACUCCCCUUAUUCAUCACUGGACCAUACUGUGUACAACUCAGUAACUGAAUGCAUGAAAUAGUCUGCUACAUGGCUGAAUAAGCCCGCGGUUGCUUGUUUGACACACCAGUAUCUGCAGCCUGUUGUUUCUAAUUGUUCCACAUUUCUUCCGUCUUCCCAGUGCCGGCUGGUAUCAUAGUGAUACUGUAACUUUGCCGACUCCAAUUUUCGGGAUCUUUUUUUUUUUACUAUAUUUUGACUGAAUUAGGGCUGCAAAUCAUCAAUUUGGGUUUUAGGUUGAGUAACUGUGUGAUAUUUCUGAAAUCGCUUAAAAACAUUAAUGAUAUUAAUUGUAUUCAUACUUUUUUUUAAAACUCUACUUAAAUAUAGAAAAUCUGCAGUUAUAUAUGGCAAAGAAAAGCAGGCUGGAGUCAGGAAACAUUUAAAGUACACAUCAGUGAAUCUGUCCAUUGUUCCAGCUUUUGACUGAACUGAUAGUGUCUUCUCAGCUUUGUAGAAAACUGAUGUCUUUCUGGAAGAAGUGUAAACUCAGAUAUGCUACUUGGAAUUUCUUGAACCUUGAAUUGCCUAUCGUUUAAAUGUCCCGACUUUUCACUUCAUUCUGGUGUUAGUUGUGCACGUUGGGCAGCCUCCUCAUGUCCGUGCCUUGUCCUGAGCAGUUGUCAGGCUCACAGACAUGUACAGAUAUUUGUUAGACAACACUACAUGAAGCUUCCUGAAACAGCAUUACCCAGAUUAAUAUAAUCCUGCAUCCACCAAAAGGACUUGUUGAUGUGUUUCAGUGAUAUAAACCAUGAUACUAUGCCUUUAUGUUUUCUAACUCUGUGUACAGUUUUGUUGUAUUUUAUGCAUUCCAUUUGUCUUCAUUAUAUUUUAGUUCAGUCUUUUUCUGAUUCUUUCAUUGAAUGCUGUUGAUGUGAAUUAGAGUUUUUGUUUUGUUUUUUAGCUAAUUUUUCUCUUUCUCAUAAUUCAAGAGCAACUUCUCAUUGAGGUGUCAAAGGUGCAAUACGUUGUUUUUGUUUGUUUGUUUAAAGUGACCACAGCCAUCACUGUCUCAUGUUUACCACUGGUUCAUCUUUUAUAACUUAUAUAAGUUUUAAAAAAUUUUUUUAUAAUUGUGACUUGACUUGCUGUAAGUUGGAUCUCCCCUAGAGGGGGGCGGCGGGUUCUGAACACAAUGAAUAUGUUGCAUAUUGCAGCAUCAGGCUUGGAAGUGAUAGAUCUUACCGAAUGCAUUUGUCUUUUAGCCAGUUUAAUCAUGCUUUUUUUGCUUUUCUUUUUUUCCAUAAGAAAUGCUGAUGCCAGUCACACCAAACAACCCUCGUCUAAUGUGAUAGUAAAAAUGACACCACAAACAUCCAACUUGUAUUUUUAUAUUCUUUUGUAGCCUUGGUUUAUGUGACACUGAAUGAUAAAAUGAUCUGUUUUUAUCAUAAAGUGCCAUGAAAAAAAUAAACACAAAAGAUUGAAGUGAGUGUGUGAAAGGUGUGUUUCUUCUCAAGUGCCUGCAGCUUUUCGGGUGCACACGGUUCCCACUGUUACUUUGUCUUAGAGAGAAGACAAUGUAACAACUCCUGCAGGUUUUACACACAGCCCUCCAGCUGUGACCACAUACUGUCACUGCAGCUCACCAUUCAUUAAACCUGCCCUGCGUUAAGCUAAAGCCAGUGGAGCAGUUUAAAUACAUUUAUUUAAGUGCUGUUACUCGUGUUCUAAUCAUUUCUUCUGCUUUAAAAUAAUAAAAAUACCUGGCAGCUGUGUUUAGAUCUUUUUGAGGCUAUAUGCAGAACUAAAAGUACCAGACAGUAAUUCUUGUCUGAUUAUGCAUGAAUGCAGACUAGCAUGUGCAUACUCUUCCAGCACUUUGCAGUUAAGUUCAAAUCUAUAGCAAAUAAUUUAAUCAGUCAGUCCCACACUGUAACCACUGGUGGGGUAGUAAAGGAGCAUCACUAAUCAGCGUGCUGAUGAACAAGUUAAGCCUCUCUUCUGCUCCUGCCGUCCACCUCCGCAGCUCCAACAGUGCUUUCUAUGCUGUGUGGCAUUUUGACAUACAGUGGGGCAAAAAAGUAUUUAGUCAGCCACCAAU